AUGGUCGGCGGCGACCGCAUCUCUGACCUCCCUGACGACCUGCUGCGGCGCAUCCUCUACUUCGCGCCUGUCAAGGAGGCCGCGUCCACCAGCGCGCUCGCGCGCCGGUGGCGCUCACUGUGGCUCUCGUCGGGCGCCGUCAACCUCGACACGCGCUCCUACCACGUCCCCGACGAUAAUUUGUACGGCAAGCGAGCCGCCUUCGUGCGCGAUGCCCACGCGGCUCUCGCUGCCCGCGGCCGCCAUUACCCCCUCAGGAAGCUCACCUUCCACGUGGAAGGCCACCAUUGCAACAUCAUCCAGUUGUUCCUGUGCAUCAGCGAUGACGGCUUGAAGGACGACAUCGUGGGCCUCGUGCUCUCGCACCGGGCGGCCCGAUCCGUCGAGGAGCUCUGCGUCGACGCUUACGUCGGUCGCCACUCGUACGAAGAUCGGCGCGAGAGCGGAUAUUACGACCUCAGCCUCGCAUCCCUGCCGUCCAAGAAUCUCCGCCGGCUGCGCAUCUCCAGCUGCGCAAGCCUCAAGGUCCCGGCCGGCGCCCCAGUCGUGUUCCCGCGGCUGGAGGAGCUGCGGCUGCACUUUUGCACCGACGUGCCGCUCCAUGAUCUCCAGAGCGUCGUCGACUCCGCGCCGCGCCUCGCCGUCCUGGACCUCCACUCCGUGUGCCUCUCGUCACCCCAGAUCGAUGUUCCUGGUGAUGCAGCCACACACGAGGGCUCGCAGCCGCCGGCAAAACUCCGGUGCCCGGCCGUCACGGCGCUCGUCAUGUCGGACUGCACCUGGACGAACUGGACCGGCGUAGAGCUGGACGCGCCGAUGUUGCGAUGCUUCAAAUACAAUGGGAAUUUCCGCGAGCCGUUGGCGCUAAAACCACAAGCCGCAAACCUCACGCGAGUGGACAUGGAGUACUUCUCCCCUGACAUGUAUUACUACAUAGAGAACAACACAUGCGCCUGCUUCUGGCAAUGUGCUGCGAGCUUCAGCAACGCCAGGGUCUUGAGGCUGAAAACCAACCAGCUCGAGCACCUCAGGCCGGGCAGCGACACGAACGGGCUCCAGCAGAACAAGGUAGUGUUCCGCGACCUCGAGCGCCUCGAGCUGGAGGCGCAGCACAAGCCAGGACGGAGCAAGCACACCGGAGCGGCCAUGGCGCACCUCCUCCAUUGCUGCCCUGUGAUUCAUCAACUCCGGCUCAACCUGAGCACGAGCACGACGUUGGAGAUCAAAUCCUACGGAGACGAUGGGUGCUUUGAACAAGACGUCUUCGCGGAAAAAGACCAGCUGGAUUUCGACAAGUCUGUAAAUCAUUUCUUGCGCCGCAGAUUCAAGAACCCGACGAUGUCGUGCGAGGUGCCUGAUUAUAUCCAUGGCUUGACUGGACAGUCGUUCACCUGCCUGCAGAGUAACCUGAGGUGCGUGAGCUUGCGAUUCCGGAGGGACGACUCCAACCGUUUUGGUGUGCGAUUGGCCAAAUUCUUGGCGGAGAACGCCAUGGUUCUUGAAGAGAUGCAUAUCGACGACGGCAACCAGAAAAUAUGGGAGCACAUCAAUCACGUGGUUGGCAGAUCGGUUGCUGGUUCAGGGUUGGGCUUUGCAGUCUUACCCCUUGAAACACGAAACUGA